AAGACUUGUGGGCAGGCUGCUGGUGACAGGCGAGUAACCAUUGACUAGUAAUAACCAGUAAUAACCAGUAAUAACCAGUAAUAACCUAGUGACCAGUAACGCUCCCUAACCAGACGUUACAUACUAGCUUCACGGCGACUCUUUUCACUGUGCCAAAUAUUUGUGACUUGUAAGCUCUCCGUUAUCUGUGUCAGUCAGGUCAGGUGUGACACUGGCAGCUAGUUAGGCGCUAAGCUGCACUUCAAACAGGUUAGGAUUCAAAAAGAUGGGUGACAUCAAGCCGUCGACGUCUCACGCUUUGCAGUCGGAGGGUUUCAAUCCACCUUACAGGAAGAGAAAGAGAACAGUGGAGGAUUUUAACCAGUUUUGCACAUUUGUCCUGGCUUAUGCUGGUUACGUCCCAUACCCCCAAGAGAACUCUUCCCUGCGCAGUACGUCGAGCCCCCCCAACAGCACUGGAAGCACGGUUGACAGUGACGGCUGGACCCCGGGCCCCUCAGCGUUUUGUCCCCAACGGCCCCCCGCGGGCCCCCUGGACCGGAGCAGGAAGUGUCCCCAGCUGGACAUCAGCACCAGAAAAGAUUUUGCCUUUCCGCAGCACACUUUCCCCGGCCCGCAUCCAGACGAGCGCAGGAACCGCGAGAAGCUGAAGAAGAAGAAGAGGAGGAUGGAGAGGGAGCUUCAGAGCGAUGAGGAAGAGGAGCAGUCUCAGCUGGCCGUCGCAGGGCCGCAGACUCCCUUCUCCUUCAGAGGCUUGCCUAUAAAAGAGGAGCCGGGCGACGACGUCAGCAUUUCCCUCCAGCCUCCGCUCACGUCGGCCCCUUGCAAGGAGGAGCCCACAGAAGCACCACCUGAGAUGGAGCAGGUGUGGGAGAAGGUGAAGGAGCAGAAAGGGAGCAGCCCCUCAGCCAACAGAACAGUGUUUCGUCAGGGCAAGCAGGUGGUGUUCCGCGACGAGGAUGGCUCAGGAGAGGAUGAGGACAUCAUGGUGGACUCGGACGACGACUCCUGGGACCUGGUGACGUGUUUCUGCAUGAAGCCCUUCGCCGGCCGGGCCAUGAUCGAGUGCAACAGGUGCAACACCUGGAUCCACCUGUCCUGCGCCAAGAUCCGCAAGAGCCACGUGCCUGAAACCUACGUGUGCCAGAGCUGCCGAGAGAGCCACGCCACCCUGGACGCCCGCCGCUCCCACCGCUCUCGCUUCGGUCCGCGGAAGCACCUGCUCGAGUGACCUGACCGUUUCAGCUGUGGACCUGCAGACUCAGUGCAUGCUGGGAAGUGUGGCUGUGCACUGGUUGAACAGGCCGCUGACAGGUGUGUUCACCUGAAAGUGCACAAGUGGGUGAUUGGGUGGAGCCAGGCAGGCUGGGACGCUGCUCCAGUAUUAAAAUGACACUUGAAGUCUUCCUACCUGGUCCACAAAAUACUUCUUUAUAGCCCUUACUUCCACACACCAAGGGGGAUCCAUACAAGGACUCCUGGACUCAUUCAGGACUAAGUGGAAUAUACAAGGACUCCUGGACUCAUUCAGGACUAAGUGGAAUAUACAAGGAUUCUGCAGGUGAUCAUGUUUUUGUGAGAAGAGAGUGGGAACAUAGUCUUCAUCUUAUCACUCACCUGUGGAACAUGUUGAUUGUUGCUCUAGUGGCUUCUUGACCUUUGGACAACUUCAUUUAGCAGUUUGUGUGGGCCAGGGGGGCCCAAACUUUCUGACUCGGGGCCACAUUGGGUAAAAACUAUAUGGCAGGGGGUGCAUAUUUUGUUAGUGU